AUGUCCGUCACACUGCACACGACCUUGGGCGAUCUAAAGAUCGAAGUCUUGUGCGAAAGCGUCCCCAAGACAGCAGAGAACUUCCUCGCUCUCUGCGCAUCGCACUACUAUGACGACUCUCCGAUCCACCGCCUGAUCCCCAAGUUCAUGGCCCAGACCGGCGGCCCCGCGAACCCCUCCCCGCCCGAAAACCCGAAGGGCGGCCGCUCCAUCUGGGGCGGCACUUUUGAGGACGAGAUCCGGCCCGCGCUGAAGCACUCGGCGCGCGGCAUCGUCUCCAUGGCCAACAAGGGGCCCGGCACCAACGGCUCGCAGUUCUUCUUUCUCUUCGACAAGGCGCCCCAUCUGGACGGGCUGAACACUGUGUUCGGCCGCGUCAUCGGCGACGAGGCCAUGGUGACGCUGGAUCGGAUCGAGGCCGUCGAGGUCGACCGGAAGAACCGGCCCAAGGAGCCCAUAAAGAUCGAGAGGGUUACUGUCCACGCGAACCCGCUUGCUGGCUGA